GAGAUCAUGUGCUGAGCCUCUGGCCGUCACUGUUCUGCAGAAGGAGGAAGUGAGGCUUGUUUUCUUUUUCUCUGCUAGAGUGUGUGUUUCUUUCAGACUGCAUGGAGCUUAAACCAGGGACUGGGAACAGGUUGUGGUAAAAAGAAGUAGGCUUGUUGUCAGGGUGAUGGAAGCACCAGUGCGGGACCUCCCGACGAACGAUACUCAGCCCCCUACCCUGAGCCCGGCCGUGCCCCCUUAUGUGAAGCUGGGCCUGACAAUUGCUUACACUGUCUUCUACUCGCUGCUCUUUCUUUUUGUCUACAUCCAGCUCUGGUUGAUCCUCCACUACAGGCACAAACGCUUCAGCUACCAGACGGUCUUCCUCUUUCUUUGUCUGCUCUGGGCAGGCCUGCGGACAGUACUCUUCUCAUAUUACUUCAGGAACUUUGUGACAGCCAACUCGCUGAGCCCCUUCGUCUUCUGGCUGCUCUAUUGCUUCCCUGUAUGCCUGCAGUUCUUCACUCUCAGUCUGAUGAACCUUUAUUUUGCACAGGUUGUUUUCAAGGCAAAAUCCAAGUAUGCACCAGAGCUCCUCAAGUACAGGUUGCCUCUGUACCUGAUCUUCCUGUCAAUCAGCCUGGUCUUCAUGGUGGUGAACCUGACGUGUGCACUCCUGGUGAAAAUGUCAAACACCGACCCAAAGAACAUUGUCCUUGUGCGAGUCACCAUCAACGACACCCUCUUUGUGCUCUGUGCUAUUUCUCUUUCCAUAUGCCUCUACAAAAUUGCAAAAAUGUCUUUAGCAAACAUAUAUCUGGAAUCUAAAGGGACCUCAAUAUGCCAGGUGACAAUAAUUGGGGCGACCGUCAUACUGCUGUAUGCCUCGCGGGCCUGUUACAACCUGGUUGUGUUGGCGCUUGCCAAAUACAAAAAUAUUAACUCGUUUGAUUACGACUGGUACAACGUAUCUGAUCAGGCAGACCUGAAGUCUCUUGGGGACGAGGGGUACGUUGUGUUCGGGGUGAUCCUCUUUGUGUGGGAGCUCCUCCCUACUACUCUAGUGGUGUUCUUCUUCCGGGUCCGAAGACCAGCCCAAGAUGGGACAGGAUCUAGAAUUCCAAGCCAUGUGUUUUCGUCCAGAGCCUAUUUCUUUGACAACCCGCAACGCUAUGACAGUGAUGACGACUUGGCGUGGAAUAUAAUACCCCAAAACUCACAGGCCAGUUUGACGGCAGAGUGGUACGACUGGGGGGGUCGUAACAACAGCUUUGUGGCGUACAUAGGAUCAGAGGACCCACACUCCACAACAGUCCCAGAGGAACUUAACCCUUGCUGAAGGGGAGUCUUCUGCUGUGUACAUUUGCACAUCUGUCGACUUAAACGUAAGCGUCUAGUCCUUCAGAGUGUGCUAGAUCGCACGUUUGUGAGCUGUACCCUUUUGCAUUCAAAUCUUCACUGUAAAUAGCAAUUCAUAUUUUCAGGGGAAGAAGGUAAAGUAAAAUACUGUACAAAAAUGACAGAAAAGUGAGAUGUAAUAUGGGUGAAAAAAUGCAUCCACUGAAAUGAUCAUAACACUUAAUGAACAAUCUGGGUUGUUAAUUUUGAGUUUUAAAAUGAUACCCAACUAUGUUUUUAUUUUCUUUGAAAAGCUUGGACUCAUGCUGCAUGCAUUCAUUUUAAGUCCCACAUACAGUACAGAUACAUUAUACUGAUUAUACCCUUGCAAAAGAGAACAAAGUUAGGUCAGUUCCACAGAUGUGGGAUAAUGUUCCUUUCAGCUUUUGAUGAGGUAUUGUGAAGUCCAUUAGCUAGGAGCUGCCUGCCUUUAAUACUUCCUUGGGCAGUGGGACAAUAAUUCCUUGCUGCAGAAUAAACAAGCACAGCACCAAAGGAUAAAGGUGCUACGCUGUUUAUUUCAUGGACUAUGCCAUAGACUUAAAUCAUAUUCAGUGGAAUGGAGUUAACCAAUGGUAAUCCAACAAUCUCGCUCUAAUGGAAAAUGGUAGCACAAUGGCUUAUGAACCACUGGUAGAAUGGUACCACAGAGGUACUUAUAGGUAUCUCAAUAAUAUGAACCAACGCAAAUGAGUAAUUCAUUGCAGUGCCUUAUCUGUACCAUUGUGUUACACUACAGUAUUAGGACCAUGUGUAAUAUUUAAUCCAAAUCCAUUUUGUUGGCAUUUCUGACAAUAUUGGAAAAUACAUAUUCCAACAAGUUCCUAUAUCUCCCAUCUUUCACAUUGUACAUAGUGCAAUUACUAAUAAAUUUUACCUUAGAAUAGAGUAAUUUGCUCAAAAAGCAGUGAAAACUGAUUUCAUAAAUGGGUGUUGAAAAUAUGAAGCAAUAUCAGCAUCAAUAUGAUGUUAAAAGUAUACAUGACCAGCUAGUGUGGACUGCAUUAUUAUAUGUACAUGCUAGUUUUUGGGAACAUUAAGCAAAAUUCUAGUGCUAACAGUUUCUAGAAAAGUUAUGGAUGUUGUUUUUUUUUCCCCCAUGUGUGUACGCUAUAUGGAAUUAGGAAGAUGAGCAAAAAUAUAACUGAGGGAAGUUAAGGUUAAUGUUCAAAAUAAAAAAGGGAAAAACCUCAAACAAUACAAAAUAUUUUAAACAUCAUAACAAGGUUAGGGAGGGGUAGUAAAAUACUAUUAAAAUGGCAGCUCUGUUCUUGAAAUAUUCCAGUGUACUUGCUGUAAGUGAAACUAACAUAACCAUUAUCUAAAAGUGCAUAUCUAAGAACACAUGGCUAUUUAUCUACUUACCAAGUAUGUAGGGCACUCAUUUUUAUUUU